AUGCCAAGCACGCUCCUAUUCGCAAACAGCAAUGAAGGGCGCGUCUACGCGCUCUCCACGACGGGUGCUGCAUGGCGCGAGUUUCUCUACCUGGGGCUGGAGUUUAAGAAAAUCUGCGUCGUGCCGCACUUCAUGUGGGCCAUCGGUGGUGACCGGCAGGUGUACGUGCACGUCCACGGCCUCGAUGUUCCGAUACGCAUCAAAGAGGAAGCGUAUGAGAACGAACGCUGGCUUCCGAUCGAGGGAUUCUCUAAUCGGCUGCUCCCAACGGAUCGCUAUCACUUCUCCAACGUGGACGGAACCGUAGACAGAAACAUUGAAAAAGUACGCCUCCCGUCGAUGGCCUGGCAGUGGGAGGGCGAAUGGCAGCUUGAUCUCACGCUCGACGGACAACCGCUCGAUCACGAUGGCUGGACGUAUGCGGUCGAUUUUCCCGCCACGUACCAUCCGCAGAAGAACUGGAAGUCGUGUGUUCGGCGCCGCAAGUGGAUCCGUUUUAGGCGUUACUGCGCACUCAACUCAUGGUGUGCCGUCGCACCCUUGCACAAGGAUCCCACGCAAGAACCCUUCAUAGACGUGUCGAUCGGUGGAGCCAGCGUACCCGGAGCAUCUCCCGGGUUGCUGCUCGUGUGGGCCGUAACGGCACACGGACGGGUAAUGUUUCGAUCUGGUGUUGGCACAACCGCCCCAGAAGGACUUCGUUGGACGGCCGUAACUACACCAUCCGGUUGUGAGGUGUCUCAAAUCUCUGUCGGCGCAACAGGACUCGUUUGGGCGGUGCUGUACAACGGCAGAGCGAUCGUACGCUCCGGUGUCACGCGGGACACACUCACCGGUAGCAGCUGGUUGGAAGUGAAGCCUCCAGGGACGAAUUUGAAAAUUUCCCAAGUCGCCGUCGGUACCAAUUCCGUGUGGUGCGUCACGAACGACAAUCACGUGUGGUUCCGGCGGGGCGUGCACGGUGAAGCAUCGGGCGUUAGCGAGGAUGCCGCGAUCGGAAGUGGCUGGGUGGAGAUGGUCGGUAACAUUUCGUACGUUUCCGUUGCCGCUAAUGAUCAAGUGUUCGCCGUGGGUUCGGAGGAUCGUGCUCUUUACUUUCGAUCCGGUGUGUGCGCUUCCGAUCUGACCGGAAAAAAGUGGCGCCUAAUACAGCUUCCGAUGCAGCUCAGCCGCACGUCGAGCAACUUUUCCUUCUCCAGUCGCCAAAGUGGCAACAGCUCGCCGACCACCACGAAGCACCGCAGCCUAAACAGCCUCUACAAGGAGCGGUUGCAGCAGGAGGCCGGUCUCGCCGGUGCCGGACAUUCCGGAGGAUCGAACAGCACCGCUGGCAUCGAGGAAACGUCCCGUUCAGCACCAACCGCCAACGUAAAGAAUCGGCCCGAGCUAUGGCACAAACCGGAACUGUCGCCUGACGCGCUAGCGAACCAGCUGGAGCAAGGACCGGGAAAACCCCAGCACGUAGGCAGUCUGGUGGAGUGCAAACUCACGCAGAAGGUAUCGCUGGAAAGCGUGGCUGGAACGAGCAUGCCCGUUAGCAACGACGUGUACGAGAUCUCCGGCAAGCAGCUGAAAAACUCUCGUGCCUGGAGUCCGGUCCGUUCGGUUGGAUCCGUCGUAGGGACUGAGGCACACCCCGAGACGGAUUCGAGUGUAUUCGAAGGUGAGACUUCGCGUGAUUCCGGCGUAUUCGGCGAAUGCGAAGAUCACGGUGGCUCACAAAACUGGACCGAUUGUGAGGUACUGUGGGUGGGCUGUUCCGCCGGUGCCGUCACGGUUGACCCGUGUAUGCUUCCCAGCUGGUUCAACGACAGCUUCUCCCAGCACGCUUCGGAAGAGCUGAGCCAAUCGUGGCGGUUGAGGCUUCUCGAUGACCUCAAAAAGCGUCUGCCAGCGCGCGAUUCGGAAGGGGAUACGUUCGCGCACUACGAGAAAGCCAUCGAGAUGAGCUCGUGGGUAAAAUCGGGUGAGGCUCGAUGCGCCAAAUCGGGCCACCCGUUCGAAGACUGCCUGAUCGAGCUGGAGUGGGUGAACAACCAGGGUACGGGACCCGACUCCGGUACGCUGACCGUGCUCAACUCGGACGGUAUCACGACGAAAAUGCAGUUUUCCCUCUCCGAGAUUACGUGCAUCAUGUGCUGCAGCGAGCCCGGUUCUCCACGGCUUGCCAUUCAUGCCCCGCGCUUACCGACGGGAUCAUCGCCAUUGAAGCUGCAGUUUAGCGGCGAUACGGACCUCGAGGACUGGAUCUCCCAUCUCACGUCCGUGUGCUGCCAGAUAAACGAGGUACAAGGACGUCCGUCGGCACGCUCGGUUUGGAUCACGUCCGGCAUGGGGGACGUGUUUGUGUUUGACCCGAUCAACCUGGAGUCGCAGCAGUGGCACGAAGAUGCUAAGAGUUUCCGGCAACAGAUCGAUCUUAAGGCAGCUGAAACGCCCUACUUAACAGCGCUACAUAACGGGAUGCUAAUCGGUUCGCGGUUGGAAAUCUCGGGAUUCAUUUACGACGACGCCGACCAGGUGCGGUUCGAUCUGCAGGGUCACCCGACGGUGCGGAUGCGGCACAAGAUGGAAACGCAGCGCAACAUUCCGCUGCACAUAAAUCCCCGGUUCAACGAAAAUUUGACCGUUUUCAACUCGAUGGCUGCGUCCGCGUGGAACGAGGACGAAAUCCGUGACCGCAUGGUGUCGUUUGCACCGGGUGCGGAGUUUAAACUGGAAGUCUACACCGACACCGACGGGUUUCGGGUGAAGGUUAACGGAAAGGAACACCAAAAGUUCCACUAUCGCAACGGGCUCGCACCGGACACGGUGUGCAGUCUGUACAGCAGCGGACGGGUCAAGAUCCUACAGAUCGUGUACGACAGUCCAAAGAUUAUUAUACCCCUGCGGGACGCAUACUGGCGGCAGAUCGGAGGCCACAUGAAGCGAAUCGUAUCCUGCAAGACGGGUGUCGUGUGGGGCGUGGGCUACGACAAUACGGCUUGGGUGUACACUGGAGGGUGGGGUGGUGCAUUCUUGAAGGGUCUGGAAACGAGCAGCCAAGGAAUCAACGUGAUGACGGAUACGCAAAAUUAUUACAUCUACGAGAACCAGCGCUGGAACCCACUGUCUGGGUUUUCGUCCACCGGAUUGCCCACCGACCGGCACAUGUGGAGCGACGUGACGGGCAAGCAUAAACGCAGCAAGGAGCACGCCAAACUGCUGUCCAUGCACUGGCAGUGGAUUAGCGAUUGGAUGGUUGACUUCCACAAUCCGGGCGGUGUCGAUCGGGAUGGGUGGCAGUACGCGGUUGACUUUCCCGCUUCGUACCACGCGAAGAAACAGUUUACGGAUUAUGUUCGACGGCGCAGGUGGUACCGCAAGUGUCGGCUUACGACGAGCGGACCGUGGCAGGAAAUUGGAAACACGAAAAUCGUGGAUGUUUCGCUGCAACCGGACGGCGCGGAGGCGGAUUGCACAAUCACGGUUUGGGCGAUCGCCGCCAACGGGGACGUGUUGUACCGGCGCGGUGUUUCACAAUCUCAGCCGGCGGGUACCGGCUGGGAGCACGUUCCCUGCGAUCAACCGCUAACAAGUAUCAGUAUUUACGAAAACAAAGUGUGGGUGGUGGGAAAGAAUGGCUCCGCAUUCCUGCGAUGCGGUAUUACGGUGGAAACUCCCCUCGGCAGCAAGUGGCAGUUGAUUGAACCGCCGGGUGGCGUUAAUUUCAAGCAGAUUUCGGUCGGCAAAAGUGGCAUUUGGGCGCUGGAUACGGUCGGGCGGCUUUCGGUGCGCAAGGAAAUCAACAGCACGUUCCCGGAGGGCAGCCACUGGCAGCUUAUGCCUAAUGUGCUGAACGAUCCGCCGCACUACGAGGGCAACAGUGGAUUCAAGCACGUGUCCGUGGGGGAGCAUGUGUUUGCCGUCGCGCAAUCGGGCUACGUUUGCAAACGUAGCGGUAUUACGGCGUUGAAUCCCGCUGGCACAGGAUGGAUACUUGGAAUACAGGCCAACUGGAACUGCGUGAAUGUGACUGGUUUUUACGAUUGAACAAAGUGAUAAACGGAUAACGGAUCUACAGCUAAAUAGAUGCUAUAACUAUUCUCAUGCUAAUCAAGAAACAUAAUCUCGUUGUAAAUGAACGUGUAACCAUACGGAUUCCCCAUGCCCGCUUACUGUUUAAAAAUAAA